AUGUUCAGCGGAGAACCAUAUCGGCAAAUCUUUAGCAUUUAUUUACUGAGUGAUAUCACCGGAAGAAUCCUACCCGCUAGGUUUUGUUAUACUGCAAAAAAUGUGCAGAGCGCUAAUGCGCCUUCUCCGGCGCCAACCAAGGCGCCUACGAAGAAACAUGCUCCGCAGGCCAAUUCUCCGUCCCCUGUUCGGGGAAGCCCUCAUGCGUCCCCAGCGAAGUCUCCGGUGCUUUCGCCUCCUUCAAAAGUUUCUCCGGCAGUGCCAGUUAGUUCUCCGAAAACCAGCCCAUCUGCGUCGCCGUUACAGUCUCCGACGCCGUCCGCUUUUUCUCCGUCGGCCGGCAUUUCUGUUCCUGUCCCAUCUCCGGCGUCUCCACCUACAACGGAGACCCCAACCCCAGUGAGCACUCCGGCAGUGUCUCCUCCAGUUUCAUCUCCAUUGCCCUCAACUCCGGCUACUUCUCCGGCGUCGGCCACGAGCCCAGCAUCUUCCAGCGUUCCUUCAAGUUCUGCAACACCAUCAGAAGCACCAGGAAUGUUCCCAUCAAGCAGUAGUGAACCAAGCCCGGCGCCGACGAGUUUGGAACCGGAAAUUGCACAGGGCCCAGUGGCGGAUGAUGAUUCGAGUUCAAACUCCAUCCACAAGGCUUCGGUUAUUCUGACUGGGCUUGCUGCUCUUUGGGCCUCUUUAGCCAUCUGA